AUCAAAUUUCGUAUGGUGGUCCUAAAAAUUGUAUUUAAGUUCUUUAAAGUAGUUUAUAUUAUUUGUAUACAGUUUAUCAGAUUUCACUGUUUAUAGCCUCAUAAAAAAACAAAACAGUUCAGACAACUAAACCAUUUAGGGUUUAGGAAAGGUUUGUUGUUUGGGGUAAAAUAAGUAAACAAGUGUCGUUACUGAAGAACGGGAGUUGAGUUGUGAGGGAUUCACAGCUCCAACUGACAGACGGAGGGAUUCUUCCAGGGAAAUAAAAGUUUGACAGUUUGAUUCUGUGGUUUGUUCAGAUCUCAUUGAAAGACUGAGACGGAGAUCGUCCCCCACUGGGAGUUGGGUGUUGGGCAACUAAACCCACAGUUUGUAUCAUACAAACACAUAGAUUUACUCCUGUGGCUCUUUCUUGGGUCACUGAGCUGAGAACUCACACAUAAUUCAUAAACUGUCUGCAGGUGAGAUGUGGCGUUGAAUCUGCGUUGAACUGUCCCUUUAUGUUCUCUUUAACCACACCAGGUGGAGUUCAACAUCCGCAAACUGGAACCUUCGUCGGUCUUCAAAAUGACACCCCUCUGUCGGGCACGCGCGGCCUCGUGCACCAGCAGAGCAUUAAGUAAGAUGCGCGCGCUCGGAGCACGGAGUGAGCCAGAAACAGGCGGCGCUGGAAGCAGCUCCGGAGAGAACGCGUGCACUGCGGGGGGAACAUGAGCGCUGCGCACCUGCUCCUGCGGGAAGCUUCUCUUCUCCGGAGGCGUAGGUGACGCGCCCUGCGGGACUCGGGUCCGGUGUGGUACCGCAGAGCAUGGCGGAGCUGUUGAUCUACAACACCACGUCCUCGUGGAACUGGUCCUCUGCGGAACGCGACAGCUUCAGCGGGCCGGACGACAUCGACGUGCCGGCGGACGCGUACCCGGCCCUGCGCAUCCUCAUCUCCAUCGUGUACUCGGUGGUGUGCGCCGCCGGGCUGGCGGGGAACCUGCUGGUCUUCUUCCUGAUGAAGGAUCGCCGCGGCAGGAAGAAACGCCCCAGCAUCAACCUGUUCAUCCUCAACCUGGCCGUCACAGACUUCCAGUUCGUGCUGACGCUGCCGUUCUGGGCGGUGGACACGGCGAUGGACUUCAGCUGGCCGUUUGGAAACGCCAUGUGCAAGAUCAUCCUGUCCGUGACGGUGAUGAACGUGUACGCCAGCGUGUUCUUCCUCACCGCCAUGAGCGUCACCCGGUACUGGUCGGUGGCCUCGGCGCUGAAGGACCGGACCCGGCGGCGGGUGUUCCCGGUGCGCUGGGUGAUCGCGGGGCUCUGGGUCUCCGCCACGGCGGCCACUUUGCCCACCGCCGUUUUCUCCACGGUGAAGAGCGUGGCUGGAGAGAGGCUGUGCCUGCAGGGAUUCCCGGACGGCCAAUCGUGGCUGGCGCUGUACCACCUCCAGAAGAUCCUGGUGGCUUUUGUAUUCCCGAUGCUGAUCGUCAGCGUGUGCUACCUGCUGCUGCUGCGCUUCGUGCGCCUGCGCAGCAUGAACAACAACCAGGUGAAGCUGAGGUCCCGCGUGACCCGCUCGGUCACCAUCGUCGUCCUCUCUUUCUUCAUCUGCUGGAUGCCCAACCACGCCAUCACCUUCUGGGGCGUGCUGGUGAAAUUGAACGUGGUCAACUGGGACAGGACGUACUACAUGGUGCACACGUACGUGCACCCGGUGACCGUGUGCCUGGCGCACACCAAUAGCUGCCUGAACCCGGUGCUGUACUGCCUCAUGCGCCGCGAGUUCCGCAAGAAGAUGAAGGAUCUCUUCUGGAGGAUUUCAUCGCCCGGCGGGACGAACAGCUGCCCGCUGCGGCCGUUCUCCGGGACGGUGCGCGCCGAGCCGGAGGACACGCAGGUCGUCAUCCCGCUGAACACCGUGGAGACGGAGCACUGCAGAUUGUCCAUUCUAACGGACCAGUGCGACGCUGGCGCGCUGCACAAGUAACGCGCACAUUUCUUUACGCUCAUUAAAGACUCUUUUAUUACUUUUAACCAAACACUACCGGAUCCAUUCGGGCUGCCAAAUCCAACGCCAGUACAAAACCAUUAAAGGCAUCACAGCUUUACGUGCCAUGUUACAUGUUACUUUAGACUUUGCAUGGGAUUCGAAAACGUGUGAAAUGGGAGAGAAAUACUAGUGCGUAAAUUGCGCAUAUGUGCGUAAAAACCAUGUGCUGCGUUUCCUGCUUCUUCUGCGACCACGGGGAUGCUGCUUUUUUGGUCUUGGAAGCUGACUUUGUUUCUCUACUAUGAAUCCGUCCUCUGAAGAGACCCUAACCCCGACGUCCGGCUCUCAUCCCGCCGCAUGGAGGAUCCAGCUGCGGUCUCGAGCUUUAUUCUGUGGAUUAUUAUUGUUUUUGUGUGGCUGCUGUGUCAAAUGUUCGUGCUUGAGUGACUGAAUGAAUACAUGCAUUUAAAAAAGGCAGUGUGAGUUUAAAAGACGAUGUCUUUUGAGAGUAAAUAGGCGAAGGGGCAGCAGGCUGUGAUGCGUUCAGGGGUUCGGAUUUACUGACAUUGAGUCAAGUGUUGCUGCAGUCUGACUCUGCUGGAAACAUGCUGCCGUUUAUCAGAGGAGAUGAAAACACGUGUGUAUGUAAAUGUAUUCUGCUUUACAGAUGUUCAGUGAGACAGUUUAAAGGUUACAUUCAGUUUGAGUCCAUGUUCCUCAUGCGGGCAGUGUACACGUCACUGCUGAGCACUGACAGUCAAUGUCAGUGCAGCUCACAGAAAAUCAGAGUCCAUGGCCACAAAUAGUGAAAAGAAGAAAACACUUAAAUUAUUUACAGUUUUCAGAUAAAAUAGUGUUGGGUGUUAAAUGGAAAUCUUUAAAUUGAUUCUUUGGUUCAAACUUAAAACCCAAAUAUCUAUGAAAAAGAGAAAGAAAAGCAAGAACCUGGAAAAAGUGAAUGUUUGAUAGUUAAGUUUGAAAAAAGGCUGUAUUUAGUCAUCAAUUUGCAUCAGUUUGACUACAAAAAAAUCAAAUUUCUGAAAAAUGUGGAUCCUAUUACUACAAAUAUAUUUUUAUUUAACAGGAGAUUUAAAAAUCUCUAUUUUGCUCACACAACGGUUCGAUAUCUCAACAAAAGUGACACAAGUCAGAGGACACAGGACUGUUUUUGAAGAAAAGUCAUGUGAUUAAACCAUCUGAAGGGUUAUUGCUCUUUACUCGUUCUCGCUCGUGAUUACGUGGAUAAACUUCAACAUAAAUUCACAAAGAAUUAUGUAAUUUUUUAAAGAAAAGCUACAAAUGCUGAAUGAAAGUUUCACAUUAAAACACAAAUAACAGACGUUAAUUUCCUCAUUAGAAAAAAAGUUAUUUGGAUUUUGGUUGCCAUGGUUUCUGCCGAGCAAUCAGGAUUCAGACGGAUUGAGAGUCUGGAAAGUUUGGAACAAAACUCUAAACUACGUCACUUUGCACGAGUUUUCAUUUAGUGAACUGUAUUUAUGUAAAACGUGUGUGUAAUAAACAUUUACAUGUCUUUGA